AACGCGCAGGAAUCAGUGAAAAAGAAAACAGUUCUUCCAAGUGAAAAUGGCGUCAAAGCAGUUCACAAUAGAUGAUGCGUUUGAGUCAGAUGAUGAUGAUAGAAUACGAAGCUAUGGUACAAAUGUUGAAACAAGACCUUUACAGAACAAGAAACUCAGAAAUGUGGCAACUGUGGCAGUUCAGAUGCAAGAAAUGAGCCCAACCAGAAAAUCAUCAGAAUCUGAGGCAUUUAUUGAUUCAGCAGAGACAGAGGAUCUUUUAGAUGGGACCACAAAAUCACGUCCAGGUGGGCCUAUCGGAGCAUGGAAAAAAGGUGAUCCUGAUGAAUCAAAUGGACCGUUGCCAAGUAUCCUAACAAAAAGUUUCCCAGGGAAACCAAGCUGGCUAAGACAUCCAAGAAUACGAGAAAAUUGGAACGUUGUAUUGGGUGCAUUUCUCCUGCUCUUCCUUGGAAUUGGUUUGUUGAUAGUCGGUCUCGCGGUUGAAAUUGUAAAACCACCAGGUGUCGCAAGUUUUAUAUUUUUUAUCAUUGGAGUGAUUUGUUUAAUACCAGGAGCUUAUCAUGUUGUAUAUAUCUACAUGGCAAUAAAAGGAAAGAGAGGAUUUGGAUUUUCAAAUCUAACGACAUUCGAAUAAUGUUCAAAUACUGUGCCUUUAGGGAUUGUUGAUAAUAGGGUGAGAUAUGAGGGAUAUUCAGGUACUUUUUCCCUCUCGGGGGACCGGCAAAAACCUGUCAUUGAGGCCACCCAUGUCAUUCAUAAUUAAGACGAAAGUAUACUUUUCAACCUUGCACUUUGUCUUGCACUCUAUGAAAUGAUAUAUACUUUUGUGCUGGAUAACGUUGACAUCACGACUACAGGUACAAGGUCCAUUGCAAACAUUGUGGCUCCAUACCAUCGAAUACAAAUCUGCACUUGUAUGAUAAAAUCAUAAAUGCACCUGACUUAUGAACUCUUUAGCUGCUUGGUUCUAAGGAAAACACAUUCCAUUCUUUGAGUCAGUGAAUGUAUUUAUUGAAAAAACUUUUAUUUAUUGCGUGCAGUUUUCUGCUUGUGUUUAAACCUCCAUCGUGUCAUCGUGAUCUGAAUUAUGUUUACAUUUUCUGCCAAUUGGUUUUGUUGUAUAUUUGACCGUACAUGAUACUGUGAAAGAAAAUAUAAAGUGUUUGUAGUUGAUGAGUUUCUGAGUGAUUGAAAUGAAAGACAUGUUAUGUGGUUGUGUGUUAUUAUGAGGGGCCCUCUGAACUCCUGUGGUGGCAGGGUAUUCAAAACGUUCAGUACAAACAAGUGCUGUCACCUUGUGAGUUGUGAUGGCUCCUGAGUGAUGUUACAGUAUUGAGUUCUAGUCAAAAGCAUUUUAUGGCAAACAUAUCAUGUUCAUUCCAUUGAUUUAUAGUAUAGCUUUUUUGAGUGUGGUUAAGUUUGUAUUGUUAAUUGUAAGUUUGUGUCUAAAUUGACAAAAGAUUUUGGAGAUUCCUGUGUUGGGGACAAGCUGCAUUGUGGUACAGUCUUCUAGUUCUACCCUCACUGCAGUUCAGUGUAUCGGUCUUGCAUAUCACCUUUGUUUACCAAACAUGCACUGUGUAUAAAGGAGGGGGAAGAUGGGAUAACAUUCACAUGCAGAUAAUGUAACUUGAAUUAAGUCUGUUUAUUUGAAUUAUGAUAGAAUCUCUCAAAAUAACUGUCUAGUAUUAUUUUGUUACGUUUGAUAUACAUAUGUACCAUUAUGUUCUUUUAUAGAAUAAAAGACAAUCUGAU